AUGCUCCGGGGCCUGCUGGGGAGAGCAUUGGAUGCUCUGGGGCGUCCGGGGGGGGCGCUCUGGGGCGUCCGAGGAGAGCAUCGCGACGCUCUGGGGCGUCCGGGGAGAGCAUCGCGAUGCUCUGGGGCGUCCAGAGAGAGCAUCGCGAUGCUCCGGGGCGGCUGGGGAGAGCAUCGUGAUGCUCUGGGGCGUCCGGGGAGAGCAUCGCGACGCUCUGGGGCGUCCGGGGAGAGCAUCGCGACGCUCCGGGGCGUCCGGGGAGAGCAUCGCGAUGCUCCGGGGCGGCUGGGGAGAGCAUUGGAUGCUCUGGGGCGUCCGAGGAGAGCAUCGCGACGCUCUGGGGCGUCCGAGGAGAGCAUCGCGACGCUCUGGGGGGUCCGGGGAGAGCAUCGCGACGCUCUGGGGCGUCCGGAGAGAGCAUCGCGAUGCUCCGAGGCGGCUGGGGAGAGCAUCGCGAUGCUCUGCGGCGUCCGGGGAGAGCAUCGCGACGCUCUGGGGCGUCCGGGGAGAGCAUCGACGCUCUGGGGCGUCCGGGAAGAGCAUCGCGACGCUCUGGGGCGUCCGGGGAGAGCAUCGCGACGCUCUGGGGCGGAGAGCAUCGCGACGCUCUGGGGCGUCCGGGGAGAGCAUCGCGAUGCUCGUGGGCGGCUGGGGAGAGCAUUGGAUGCUCCGGGGCGUCCGGGGAGAGCAUCGCGACGCUCUGGGGCGUCCGGGGAGAGCAUCGUGACGCUCUGGGGCGUCCGAGGAGAGCAUCGUGACGCUCUGGGGCGUCCGGGGAGAGCAUUGCGACGCUCUGGGGCGUCCGGGGAGAGCAUCGCGACGCUCUGGGGCGUCCGGGGAGAGCAUCGCGAUGCUCUGGGGCGUCUGGGGAGAGCAUCGCGACGCUCUGGGGCGUCUGGGGAGAGCAUCUCGACGCUCUGGGGCGUCCGGGGAGAGCAUCGCGACGCUCUGGGGCGUCCGGGGAGAGCAUCGCGACGCUCUGGGGCGUCCGGGGAGAGCAUCGCGACGCUCUGGGGCGGCGGGGAGAGCAUCGCGACGCUCUGGGGCGUCCGGGGAGAGCAUCACGACGCUCUGGGGCGUCCGGGGAGAGCAUCGCGAUGCUCUGGGGCGUCCGGGGAGAGCAUCGCGACGCUCUGGGGCGUCCGGGGAGAGCAUCGCGACGCUCUGGGGCGUCCGGGGAGAGCAUCGCGAUGCUUUGGGGCGUCCGAGGAGAGCAUCGCGACGCUCUGGGGCGUCCGGGGAGAGCAUCGCGAUGCUCCGGGGCAGCUGGGGAGAGCAUCGCGAUGCUCUGGGGCGUGCGGGGAGAGCAUCGCGACGCUCUGGGGCGUCCGGGGAGAGCAUCGCGACGCUCUGGGGCGUCCGGGGAGAGCAUCGCGACGCUCUGGGGCGUCCGGGGAGAGCAUCGCGACGCUCUGGGGCGUCCGGGGAGAGCAUCGCGACGCUCCGGGGCGGUUGGGGAGAGCAUCGCGACGCUCUGGGGCGUCCGGGGAGAGCAUCGCGAUGCUCUUGGGCGUCCGGGGAGAGCAUCGCGAUGCUCUGGGGCGUCCGCGGAGAGCAUCGCGACGCUCUGGGGCGUCCGGAUCCCUAUAA